AUGGCAGCACAGUUUGUGGAUAUACUAGCAAAAUGGGUAAUAGACAGGCAAAUGUGGGAUGACAAGGAUUAUUGGAGACUAGUGUGGUACGAUAUGGAACAGAUUUUCCACAAGCUGCAGGUGAACUUAAACAAGGUUAACGCGCACAACACCGCAGUGUGUACCAUGCUUUUUCCGCAGGAUCAGAACUAUAAUACGGCGCAUACACUUAUAUGCAGGCAGAUGGUAAAUAUUUAUAUGUUUAUGAAUGGGUUGCAGCAACUACAUGGAGUAUGGACAACGGAUGUGACACCAGGAAACACUGGGGAAUUUGAGAAGUGGGUAAGAUGUAUAAUGGGGAAUGUGGCUAUGGUGGAACUGUACGGAGGGAACUGUCAACACGUAGAAAUGGCAAAGACAGUUUCGACAUACAUGAAAACGGAACUGAACUUAUUUAAUUUUAAGGACAAUACUGCAACAUGCGGGGCACUCGACUAUAAUAAGUUAAUAGUAGGAACGAAGUACGUGGGUUUGACCAUGGCAGAAUGGAUACGGGGCUGGAGGAGGACAAAUCGGCGAGGGCAGAUAAAGACGGGGAAAGAGAAAGAUACAUGUACAGCAGUAAGUGGUCCAGGCUGGAAGGAUGUCUCGGUGGGUGCAGCGGACGCGGGACCAAUUGUAAGAAUAUUCGAAGGAGACGAGGCUAAGACAAUACAUAAAAUAGUAGAAUACGGGCAAAAUGUAGGGCAGGAUAAAUUGAAUGAAUUGGCAGGACGCAUAAAGGAGAACAGCGAUAUUAGGGAAGGCUUAAAGGAAGUAAUGCAGGAAGUAGAACAGGAGGCUCUCAAACCACAAACCGAUCUCAAACCGGCAACCACAGGACAGCCAGCGAUGAGCGAUAGCGGGCACGACGGAAGUGGUAAUGGCAUGAGGAUGAGUGUAGAAUGUACCGAAUUUAUGAUAUCAGGGGAUUAUAUGUCGAUAGGGAAGUAA